AUGGCCGACUACGAGCGCCGGAACAAUGGCUACCGGGGUGGUGGUGGUGGUAGUGGUGGUGGCGGGCGCAAGCGCCGCUAUCGAGAUGAUGAGGACUUUGAUCGCCGCCCUCAGAGACGGAGAUACGAGGAGCCACUGUUUGUGCAGAUCCGCCGGCAGCUAUUGACCAUUGCGGAAUCGGCUGCUCGGAGAGUCGAGGAUGAUGUCGUGAUAAUUGCAAAGACUGUGGCUGAAAAUUAUGACGACGAAGAGCUGCGCGACACCUUGAUCAACAUUUCCCUUGACCUCGUCUUGGAACAACCGAUGAAGAUUCCCUUCGUUGCUGCGACAGCCCUAUUCGCGUACAACAACAAGCCGGAGCUGGGAACGGAGCUCUUGAACAAGGCGGCGUCGGCUCUCCAGAAAUACAUUGAUUCCGGAUCAUGGCGCGAGGUCAAGCUUCUCGUCCGGUUCCUGGGAUGUCUGCAGCCUCUUUUCGAGGGCGAUGGCAUCUUUACACUUUUGGAGGAGCUGUUUGCCCGCGCGGUUGAUCUCCAGACCGCAUCCUCGGAAGACUUGCUCGGUCUGGAGCUUGUCAAAAUUAUCCUCUUCACCAUUCCCUAUGUGAUGUCGUCCCCUGCUACUGGCUUCGAAUCUCAAGCUUCCGCACUUCUCGAAAAGACCGACAUCAUUGCCUCUACUCCCCACGCCCUUGUGGACUUGGUCAACACAUUCAGUCCCGUAGAGAAUGAGUCCGCAGCUGGUCCCAGUUUGAUCAGUGUUCUUCAGGGCCAGCUUCAGGGUGAAGCUAGCAAAGGUUGGGAGUUGAAGUGUCUGCCCCGACCAUGGAAGGAUGUCCGGGAAUCAGAUGGGGACGAGCAAAAGCCUUUCGAGGCAGUGGCCAAGAUCGCCUUCCCGCAGAUCACUGUCCCCAACCCUGUGCCCUAUGGACCCCGGGCUCUUUUCCCGGAGGUCUACCUCUCGGUCUACGCUAAACAGGAGGUUGAUACCGUGCCUCCCGUCUCGGACAUCACCUCCUCGCUCUUGCGAGACGCCUUGGUGGAUACCCUCAACCUCCUCGACUUUAACCGCGUCGCAACGGCUAAGUACCUUAUCGACGUGGAUUGCUAUUACACCCGCCACACCUUCGUCAAGCGUGCUACGCCGUUUGACCGCAUGCGUGAGAUUGCUGGUGAUAACACAGCAUGGAAGCCCGAGGACAUGGCGGUGGAUGCGGUCUUUUCACAGCUGUUCCAGCUGCCUACGCCGGAACACAAGCUUGUGUACUAUCACUCCGUAUUGACCGAGUGCUGCAAGAUCGCCCCUGCAGCAAUUGCCCCGAGCUUGGGCCGUGCCAUUCGAUUCCUGUACAACAGCUUGGAGACCAUGGAUCUGGAACUGAGCAACCGGUUCUUGGAUUGGUUCGCCCACCACCUGAGCAACUUUGGUUUCACCUGGAAGUGGAGUGAAUGGGUUGAGGGUCUCGAGCUUCCUGCCAUACAUCCUCGGAUGGCAUUCAUUAACGGAGCUUUGGACAAGGAAAUUCGACUGAGCUUUGCGCAGCGUAUUAAGGGUACUCUGCCCGAGCCUUACCUGCCUUUGAUCACAGAGAGCAAGGAGAAGGACACACCUGAAUUCAAAUAUUCCUCCGAAGCAACCCCAUACUCCAAGGAAGGACAAGAGCUCAUGCAGCUCAUCCGCAAAAAGGCAACCGAUGAUGAACUCCAGCCCAUCAUUGCUGCCAUCGAAGAGCAAGCACAGGGCCUGGGUGUGGAAGACCCUAAGGUUCCUUCGACAGACGCCCUCGUUACUUCCAUCUGCUUCGUGGGUUCCAAGUCUCUGUCCCACGUCCUGUCCUGCAUCGAGCGUAACAAGGACCGUCUGCUCGCCGUUGGUGCAGCCUCUGAGAAGGCCCGCUUGCAAAUAAUCACCUCGGUCAUGGAGUACUGGGCCGACCAGACGGGCAUUGCCAUCAACAUCAUCGACAAGCUGCUCAACUACACCAUUAUCAGCCCUAUGUCCGUUCUGGAGUGGGCUCUCAUUGACCACAUCGAGGCUGGCGCCAUCCUCUCCAAGCCCCACAUCUACGAGAUGAUCGCCGCCACCGUUGGCAAGGUCACCAACCGUAUGCGCCAGAUUGUGGCUGCUCGCACUCAGAAAGGCCUGUACGAGCCCCAGCUCAGUGUUCUUGAAGACACUCUGAUCCGCGAACGGGUCGAGAUGAAGAAUCUCUUCAAGUUCAUCGAGGACGCCGUUGUCUCCGUUGCCACCGGCAGCAACGACGAGCUCAUGGAGCGUGGCGAUGGAUCCGGUGAUAUGCCCGAAGACGCCAUCCUCCGCCAAUGGGGCCGCCGCUGGCUGCGUGUCUUCCGCCGUAAGGCUGCCGUCGAGGACGCCUUCAUCUCUGAUGCGCUGGUCAAUGCCACCCCGGUUGGCACCAAUGCCCCCAUGCGCGAGGAUCCUGCGGAUACCGCGGCUGACGGGGACAUUCACAUUGCUGAUGCGGAUGGGCAAUAA